GGGGGUGAUAAGAAUAUACCCUUCGUAUGUCCUGCGUGUCGUAAAAGGCGACUAAAAGGAUCCCUGUAAUGGGGCAACGUGUUUGCCGUGCGUUGCGACCCGUGUCGGUGGAGAGUGGAAUCCGGGUAAUUGAGUGGGGAUUUGGCUUGCGAGCCUUUUCUCUGCAACACAUUACUUUGGCCCAUGGUUCACCUAGACGGGAGGUCAGAGUGGCCCACUCUGAUCAAUCGGCUUUGGUCGUGUUAGUUGAUGAGAAGAUGAUUAUUUUUCUCUCUUACUGUGGUAUUAGUUUAGUACAGUUAAACCUUUGCGUCCUGUAGCAUAUUCUCAGAAACGGCGGCUUGGGUCAAUCGGAUAAAGCACAAGAUCUCCUCUUUACUUUGUCUGAGUAUAUCACUGACUGCUCUCGUCGGGCGCCAGCGCUGGAUAUCCGCGCAAUAGCCUGUACGGAUGUUGCAAUCCUUGGUGAUUGGGGAGCAGUCAGUGAUGAAUCUUUAAAGCUUAUAAAUGGCUUCCCAAAAUAAAAAACCUCGUCCGCCGAAACGCGGACCGACAGACGAUAUCUUUGAUAUUUCUAAUAAAACUUCCCGAACUUGGUAUAUGUUUCUGGUUCUUGAGAGUACCAAUGAAACCUCAUUAAGUAAACAAUCUCCUUUUUUAAUUGCUAAGGGUCUCGCCGGAUUAUCUGGUGAACCUAAAAGCGUUAAAAAAAAUGAGGAAUGGCACUCUCUUGGUUGAAUGCGCUAAAGAGCAACACUCGUUAUGUUUAUUAAAAUCUACAACUUUAGCGGGCAUUCCAAUAAAGGUAACACCUCAUAAUAGUCUAAAUUUUUCUAGAGGUGUUAUUAGGUCUCAGGAUUUAGAAGGUAGUAAUGAGGAAGAGAUGCUUGAAAAUCUCUCCUCACAAGGUGUAACAGUUGUAAAACGCAUUUCCACCAAGCGUAAUGGUAACAUCAUCCAAACCAACACCUAUAUCGUGACAUUCAACAAACCAGAACUGCCCAAAACGAUAAAAGCUGGAUUUCGCUUAAUUCCAGUUUCUCCUUACAUACCAAACCCAUUACGUUGCUUUCAGUGCCAACGCUUUGGGCACAGCAAGAAUGUAUCUAAGGGAAAACCAAUUUGUGCACGAUGUGGCCAAGAUGGCCACGAAAGUGAAACAUGCCAACUCCCAUAUCACUGUGCCAAUUGCAAAGGAGCUCAUUUUGCUUAUUCAAGAGAGUGUCCUUUGUGGAAAAAAGAGAAACAGGUGCAACAGGUCAAAACAGAAAAAAAUAUUUCUUACCCUGAAGCGCGGAAAUUGGUAGAGAUUGCCACACCAGUGCCCUUAUUUGCAACUUCGUUUGCAAAUAUAGCGAAGCCAAAGACCGUUUCCGUUGCUUGUCAGACCGAGUUGCCCCUGCCAGCUUCCGGGCAGACAGGAUCAUCGACUAAGCCUCCAAUACCAAAGAAACCAGAAUUUAUUGCCCUCGGCACUCAGACAAGUUCGUCGUUAGUGCCAGAGGCGGCAGAGGAGAUUGUGCCAGAAACUCCUCCUUCAAAUGGUGGAAAGCCACCCACACUACCCCCGAAAGGUGGAAAACCACCCAAAAACUUCCCGAACUUGGUAUAUGUUUCUGGUUCUUGAGAGUACCAAUGAAACC